CACAGACAGAUGGUUAUUGAGCUUGCACAGUUCUGCAAACCAGUCGCACAGGAUACAUUGUUGGAGAGCACACUUAUGCACACACAUUUUAUUUAUCGAGUUACUUUUUUGCAUUUGCCAGCAUGUGCCUGAUUGUACUCCUGCUCCUUAGCUUCAUUGAUUCCAUUUCCUGCACUCAGUUCCUGGCACCGCUGAACAUGGGUGGAGUCAUGGGUCAGGUACAAUUUGACUCCACCACCGAGAUGGCCACAGUCAACAUUUCUGGCGCUGGGUCAUGUGGUACCUUAAACUUUUCCCUCACUGAGUUUCCUGUCAUGUACGGCCACUUUGCUGAACCAUGCACUGAGGCAAACAUCGGCGUUAGUGUUUUCACAUUCACCGCUGAUCCCACCUCAACCUCUACUCUCAAUAUUUCAAGUCUCUUUCAACAACGUUCAAACCUGGAUGACCUCUCGCUAACUCUGCAGACCUGUAACAACACUCAAGUAUGCACUGUUGUAAGUUCUGGUCAAACAGUCUCGACAAGUCAGGCAAGGUUCAAUGGAGAGAUUGCUGGCAAUGUUUACAUCCGACGUAAUGUUGGACAGGACAGCGUACGGGUCCUUACAGACCUCGUUACAAUCGGUCAAGUCAAUGCCUCACAGACCAAUAGAACACUCUACGGCUCAGUGAGCUCAGCUGCAAGCUGCGAUGUUCUCCUUGGCAGUUUAGAUACCAGCGCUUUGACAGAUCUGGGUGUCAUUAACAUUGGAACCCCUGUGCAACUCGGAAAGUCUCGCCUGGACUUAACAAACUUCCAGAACAACAUUGCCUUUCUCCUCCUUCGUCCAGGGUCAACUUUCAUAUGUGCUAAAAUCUAUAAUGUGCCAGAGAAACAAGUGAGCUCUCUUGUGGAUAUGAAAGGGAUAAGUGGAUACAUCAGCUUCCGCCAGGCCUCCCCUUUUGAUCGGACAGAGUUGAGGGUCAAUCUGAGGAACUUGCGGGGCUUGGUUGGUCCUUAUCACGUCCACAAUUUUCCUGUACCUUCCGGCAGAACGUCUUCCUCAAAUCUUUGCUCCAAUGACAAUUUGGGCGGCCACUGGAAUCCAUUUGGUGUAAACAGUAGUUCCCCAACAUACCCGACUGUGCCAGGAUCAACACACGACAUGUAUGAGGUCGGUGACCUUAGUGCAAAGCAUAUGUCCCUUGCCAACAUGACCGAGGCAAAUAAGACAUUUGAAGACUUCAACCUUCCUCUUUUCGGACAGAACAGCAUUGUUGGUCGGUCCAUUGUGAUUCACCUACUAGAUGGUGCCAGGUAUGUUUGCGCCAGCAUCGGCUAUCCCGGUGAAGUCGUUGUUGGUAGAGCCAGGUUUCAGAGCCCUGUGGUUGGGGACAUGGUGUUCACCCAGCUGAAGGACAAUCCUCUAUCUGACGUAUCCGUCUUUGUGGUUCUGUCCUACCCAAACACCUCAAUGGCCUCAACCCGAAACCACAACUGGCAUAUCCACACCUACCCCAUUAGCUCAGAGAGGGACGAUGACGAGAUGCGCUGCAUCACAACAGGAGGUCAUUGGAACCCCUUCAAUGUCGACACAGAUGACAUUAGCUAUGAUCUCCACUGUGGCCCAUACACCCCGAUCGCCUGUGAAGUAGGCGACUACUCCAGUAAACACAGCGUUCUCAACUUCAGCGCCACAGUUGGCGGAGUGGAAUCAAAAAGUUUCUUCACAGAUGUCACUUCCUGGCUGCCAGGGUCAGGUGUUAUUGGUCGAUCUGUGGUCAUACAUCAGGCAGAAGGAGGAGGUCCAAGGAUUGCUUGUGCAAAUAUCACUAUGGUGCGUGUCCCCAAAGCAAGCCUAGGACCAUGGUUUGGCUCUGGCAUGACAACCGGAAAUAUCCAUUUUUACCAGUGGAUCCCAAACGGCCCCACACGUGUAAACGUGUCCUUGUUCAAUCUGAAUGCCAUGGCUGGUGGUUAUCAUGUUCACAUUUUGCCCAUCAAUCCAAACGACGCAGACCCAUGCUCAAAUGCAAACAUUAUGGGACACUACAACCCACUGUCCGUCAACAUAUCGCAGUCCCCCCCACCUGGAACUGGCACAGUUGACCAGUAUGAGAUCGGUGAUAUCAGUGGGAAAUUCGGGUUGCUGACAGACCUCAAUCAAACUGAGGAGGUCUACAUAGACAGCAACCUACCAUUAACUGGACCUCACAGCAUCGUUGGAAGAUCCGUGGUGAUCCACUACACGAAUGGAUCAAGGAUGCAGUGUGCUACCAUCUCUGCCGACAGAAAUACAGAUGGAGAAUGGGUCAAUGCCACGGCUGUUUUUAGUGGUUCUUUGAAUGGGACAGUUAAGCUGGUGCAGCAAAUGUUUCCUGAUGGAAGUAGCAGUGAUACCAUCCUGCUGGUGGACCUGCAGUCUUUAGCAAGACCCAAUCUCACAGAAGCAUCACUGUUCAUAUCCAAUAACCGCAUCAGCGGCACCAACAACAACCAGUGUGCUGACUACCAGGGAACCUUUAACCCUUUCAACAUGGCAUCGCUGAAUUCCAGCUGUUCUCUUGACUACCCUCUGAGCUGUGUAGUGGGGGAGGUAUCAGCAAGACACGGCCCAGUCAGCUUGACUCAGGAACAACUCUACACCGACAGUAUCAUAGAACUUUCUGGGGAUAACACAGUGGUCCACAGAUCUGUGGUGUUGAAGGAUGGUGAUGACAUCAUCGCAUGUGCUGACAUCCUCCCAGUAUCUCCCUCUGCAACCCAGACCUUUCCCACGGUGCCAAAUUUCAGCAGAUAUGAUUUCCGGAGUAGGGUUGCUAAUGUCCUGCAGGUGGCAACAGCAAGAGUGACCCUCUUGGGCCCCACCCCCACAUCUAUAAAUAAAGGAACAUGCCAACAAGUCAACUUUAUGGUAUCAGGGGAUGUUAGUGCAGAUCUUCUGAGCUCCGUCAGAGACAGUGAGAUGAUGGGCAUGUUCAGAGAGUCGGACAUCUGCAUCCCAAAUUCCUGCACUCAGUUCCUGGCACCGCUGAACAUGGGUGGAGUCAUGGGUCAGGUACAAUUUGACUCCACCACCGAGAUGGUCACAGUCAACAUUUCUGGCGCUGGAUCAUGUGGUCCCUUAAACUUUUCCCUCACUGAGUUUCCUGUCAUGUACGGCCACUUUGCUGAACCAUGCACUGAGGCAAACAUCGGCGUUAGUGUUUUCACAUUCACCGCUGAUCCCACCUCAACCUCUACUGUCAAUAUUUCAAGUCUCUUUCAACAACGUUCAAACCUCGAUGACCUCUCGCUAACUCUGCAGACCUGUAACAACACUCAAGUAUGCACUGUUGUAAGUUCUGGAAAAACAGUCUCAACAAGUCAGGCCAGGUUCAAUGGAGAGAUUGCUGGCAAUGUUUACAUCCGACGUAAUGUUGGACAGGACAGCGUACGGGUCCUUACAGACCUCGUUACAAUCGGUCAAGUCAAUGCCUCACAGACCAAUAGAACACUCUACGGCUCAGUGAGCUCAGCCGCGAGCUGCGAUGUUCUCCUUGGCAGUUUAGAUACCAACGCUUUGACAGAUCUGGGUGUCAUUAACAUUGGAACCCCUGUGCAACUCGGAAAGUCUCGCCUGGACUUGACAAACUUCCAGAACAACACUGCCUUUCUCCUCCUUCGUCCAGGGUCAACUUUCAUAUGUGCUAAAAUCUAUAAUGUGCCAGAGAAACAAGUGAGCUCUCUUGUGGAUAUGAAAGGAAUAAGUGGAUACAUCAGCUUCCGCCAGGCCUCCCCUUUUGAUCGGACAGAGUUGAAGGUCAAUCUGAGGAACUUGCGGGGCUUGGUUGGUCCUUAUCACGUCCACAAUUUUCCUGUACCUUCCGGCAGAACGUCUUCCUCAAAUCUUUGCUCCAAUGACAAUUUGGGCGGCCACUGGAAUCCAUUUGGUGUAAACAGUAGUUCCCCAACAUACCCGACUGUGCCAGGAUCAACACACGACAUGUAUGAGGUCGGUGACCUUAGUGCAAAGCAUAUGUCCCUUGCCAACAUGACCGAUGCAAAUAAGACAUUUGAAGACUUCAACCUUCCUCUUUUCGGACGGAACAGCAUUGUUGGUCGGUCCAUUGUGAUUCACCUACUAGAUGGUGCCAGGUAUGUUUGCGCCAGCAUCGGCUAUCCCGGUGAAGUCGUUGUUGGUAGAGCCAGGUUUCAGAGCCCUGUGGUUGGGGACAUGGUCUUCACCCAGCUGAAGGACAAUCCUCUAUCUGACGUAUCCGUCUUUGUGGUUCUGUCCUACCCAAACACCUCAAUGGCCUCAACCCGAAACCACAACUGGCAUAUCCACACCUACCCCAUCAGCUCAGAGAGGGACGAUGACGAGAUGCGCUGCAUCACAACAGGAGGUCAUUGGAACCCCUUCAAUGUCGACACAGAUGACAUCAGCUAUGAUCUCCACUGUGGCCCAUACACCCCGAUAGCCUGUGAAGUAGGCGACUACUCCAGUAAACACAGCGUUCUCAACUUCAGCGCCACAGUUGGCGGAGUGGAAUCAAAAAGUUUCUUCACAGAUGUCACUUCCUGGCUGCCAGGGUCAGGUGUUAUUGGUCGAUCUGUGGUCAUACAUCAGGCAGAAGGAGGAGGUCCAAGAAUUGCUUGUGCAAAUAUCACUAUGGUGCGUGUCCCCAAAGCAAGCCUAGGACCAUGGUUUGGCUCUGGCAUGACAACCGGAAAUAUCCAUUUUUACCAGUGGAUCCCAAACGGCCCCACACGUGUAAACGUGUCCUUGUUCAAUCUGAAUGCCAUGGCUGGUGGUUAUCAUGUUCACAUUUUGCCCAUCAAUCCAAACGACGCAGACCCAUGCUCAAAUGCAAACAUUAUGGGACACUACAACCCACUGUCCGUCAACAUAUCGCAGUCCCCCCCACCUGGAACUGGCACAGUUGACCAGUAUGAGAUCGGUGAUAUCAGUGGGAAAUUCGGGUUGCUGACAGGCCUCAAUCAAGCUGAGGAGGUCUACAGAGACAGCAACCUACCAUUAACUGGACCUCACAGCAUCGUUGGAAGAUCCGUGGUGAUCCACUACACAAAUGGAUCAAGGAUGCAGUGUGCUACCAUCUCUGCUGACAGAAACACAGAUGGAGAAUGGGUCAAUGCCACGGCUGUUUUUAGUGGUUCUUUGAAUGGGACUGUUAAGCUGGUCCAGCAAAUGUUUCCUGAUGGAAGUACCAGUGAUACCACCCUGCUGGUGGACCUCCAAUCUUUAGCAAGACCCAAUCUCACAGAAGCAUCACUGUUCCUAUCCAAUAACCUCAUCAGCACCACCAACAACAGCCAGUGUACUGAUUACCAAGGAACUUUUAAUCCUUUCAACAUGACAUCACAGAAUUCCAGCUGUUCUCUUGACUACCCUCUGAGCUGCACAGUGGGGGAGGUGUCAGCAAGACACGGCCCAGUCAGCUUGACUCAGGAACAACUCUACACCGACAGUAUCAUUGAUCUUUCUGGAGAUAACACAGUGGUCCACAGAUCCGUGGUGCUGAAGGAUGGUGAUGACAUCAUCGCAUGUGCUGACAUCCUCCCAGUAUCUCCCUCUGCAACCCAGACCUUUCCCGCAGUGGCAAAUUUCAGCAGAUAUGAUUUCCGGAGUAGGGUUGCUGAUGUCCUGCAGAUGACAAUAGCAAGAGUGACCCUCCUGGGCCCCACCCCCACAUCUAUAAAUAAUGAAACAUGCCAACAAGUGACAUUUAUGGUAUCAGGGGAUGUCAGUUCAGAGCUUCUGAGCUCCGUCAGAGACAGUGAGAUGAUGGGCAUGUUCAGAGAGUCGGACAUCUGCCUGCCGAGAAGUGCAGGUUUGCUGCUGAGGUCCACGAACAUUCUCAUCAGCGUGCUGCUUGCUGCUAGCUGCCUGCUAACAUGAUUAUACAACUUGACUAUACUUUAGACUCACUGCCAUCUUCAACCUCAUGUUGUUGAACUGAAUGUGUUUUUGGAAUGGAAUGCACCACAGGUCAAUGUGGUCAUCUGACCUUCACAAAUGAUGUAUUAACAGCAACAAACUUCACUUUCCAUAGCGUAUAUAAUUCUUGCAUUUCAUUUGCACUAUUAAGUAUUUGAGAGAGAUCAGUUACCAUUCCAAAACUCUAAUUGACAAUACUGUAUACAUCUGUAUAUAUGGAUGUACUAUAUAUUUUCAUGUACAUUUGUAUGUAAAUUUAUGAUUAACUAAAUAAAU